AUGAAGGCGAUUUUAUUUUUUGUGCAAAUCCUUGUAAUCGCUAGUGUCCAGUGCACGCCGUGUCCGAGAAUACAAAGCUUAAACAUUACUGGUGGUGUCACUUAUCUAAAUGGCUCAGUUAUAUACGACGGUGUGGAAUACGUAAGUGGGACUUGGUAUGAGGUGGAAGAAGACGGUGUGCUGGUACUCCUAGGAUGUCCAUGUAUUGGACGUAUAUGUAUUCAUAGAUGCUGCCCUUCAGGAAGUAUGUAUAUCAACUCGUCGUGCGCUCCAUCAACUUCGAGUGUAAUAAAUCCCUUCAGUCCUUCGGUGUACCAAGGAAGGGAAUUGACGAGCAUCGUUGCGCACGAGCACUUCUUCUAUUUGUACGUGAAGCCUUGUAACGACAGCUACGUGGUCAUCUCUGGCACUAACAACGAAGAAGUAUUCAUUCAGGAAAAUGGUACGCUAUUCGAAGUGGCACCUGGCGGACUACAGCUGCACCAGUUCAAUGAGUACUGCGUAGAAAUGAUUAUCAAAGACCCAGCACAGCCGGCGAUGCUAUUAGCCGGUGUGUGCUACCCUGAAGAUCCACCGAAUAAUGAUGACAGCUUCAUCCUGUACACUGCAUAUGCGAUUGGUCUUCUGCUGUCCGUGCCGUUCCUGCUGGCAACGUUCUUGGUCUACGCGUGCAUCCCCGAGUUGAGAAACUUGCACGGCAUGUGUCUGAUGGCGUACUGCGGGGGUCUUAUCGUGGCCUACCCUUUCUUGGCGUAUCUGAAGCUACAUAUUGGCAGGAUAGGUGUUGCAAUGACUGGCUGUUUGAUUUUAGCGUUCAUCGUUUACUACGCAUUCCAAACGAGUUUCUUCUGGCUCAACGUCAUGUGCUUUGAUAUAUGGAGGACGUUCAGUAGUGGAUACCGUGGAGGCAGCACGACAAAACGAAGAGACACCAGACGAUUCCUCUUUUAUGGGCUUUACGCUUGGGGGGUCCCUCUACUUCUCACGGCGCUGACUGCGGCUAUGCAAUUCAGUGAUCUGCCGAACUCUGUCAUCAGACCUGACUUCGGCACCAGGCGGUGCUGGUUUGUUGACUGGUUGAGCGACCUGGUAUAUUUCUUUACACCUGUACUGGUUCUCGUCGUAUGUAACGUGAUUUUCUUCGCCGUCACUGCCUAUCGCAUCCGUUCCAUCAGACAGGAGACUGCUAUUCUGAAGAGCUCCGAGUCCUCGCGGAGUGAUAAACUCAAGAGAGACAAACAGAGAUACGGCCUCUACUUGAAGCUAUUCAUGGUGAUGGGUGUCAACUGGACCGUGGAACUAGUCAGCUUCGCGGUAGGUGGCUCCAAUUGGUACUGGAUCGUGACUGACAUCUCGAACAUAGGCCUCGGCGUUCUGGUCUUCUUUAUUUUCGUGUGGAAGAAGAAGGUUCGCAACUUGGUGCGGAAGAGGUUCAAUAUAACUCUCGGAAAGCGAACCGAGCCCGACACGCGUACUGCCAACGCUCAGAUUAAGGGAAAUACAGUGAAUACCGAACUGAAAAAUGACAUGUUUGAGCCAAAGAAUUCUCAUGAACAAAAGGACGUAUCACGUUGUAAUUGCUAG